AUCUAAUGACACUUUUUGUUUUUGACAGUAGUAGUAAGUAGUGUGACAGUUGUGGUAGUAAAAGAGGUGGUACAUUUAUUUUUCUAAUUUCCAAAAUUUUCUUUUCAAUUUUACACAUUUCAAAGGAAACAGAAUGGUGGACAAAUUAGUUAAUAGUGAGGCAAAUGCCAGACGUAUCGCUAUGGUGGAAAGUUGCUUUGGAAGUUCCGGACAACCCUUGGCUGUACCAGGCAGAGUGCUAGUCGGUGAAGGAGUCCUAACAAAAAUGUGUCGCAAAAAGCCUAAAACAAGACAGUUUUAUUUAUUUAACGAUAUAUUAGUAUACGGAAAUAUUAUCAUAAACAAGAAAAAAUACAACAAGCAACAUAUCAUUCCACUAGAGGAGGUGAAAUUGGAAAGCAUAGAAGACGAUCCGCGAGGCUAUCAACAUGGUUGGCUAAUUAAAACUGCCUCAAAAUCUUUUGCUGUGUACGCUGCCACACCCUUAGAAAAAGGCGAAUGGAUGGCUCAUAUUAAUAAAUGCAUUGACGAUCUACUUAGGAAAAGUGGCAAAAAAGCAGUUGCAGAACAUGCAGCUGUAUGGGUUCCAGAUGGCAAGGCCCCAGUAUGCAUGCAUUGCGAAAAAACUCAAUUCACCUUGAUCAACAGAAGACAUCAUUGCCGUAAAUGUGGAGCAGUCGUGUGUGGACCUUGCUCAAAUAAAAGAUUUCUUUUACCAAAUCAAAGUUCCAAACCACUCAGAGUAUGCUUGAGGUGUUACGAUCUUCUUAGUGGUGCCAAAGCCAAUCAUUUAGUUGAUUCAGCUCAAAAAGGCAAUAAUCAAGAUUCUUCUGGAGAAGAAGACUCUGACGACGAUGAUGAAGCACAAAAAGCACAAGAGGUUUAUCACGAUUUGCCCAAGUUUUAUGGAGAUAAUGAAAAAGCAGAAAAAUAAAUUAAAUUAUCCUGCUGAAACUUGAGAGAGAGAGAGGAUUCCCAGCAGAACCAAGUUUCAAAAUAGCCACAAAAAUGUCCAAUAGAGGAUUAUGAAUAAAGAUAUAUUUUUAAUAUGAACUCACAAUUUAAUUAGUUUAUAGAUUCAAUCAAUGGAGAAGGAGUUUUUGAGAUUUUUCAUUUAGUUUUCUCAACAAUUAUUGUAUUUAGUUUUGGUUUUCUCCUUAUUUCCAGUAAAUAAUUUCUUUAACAUUUAUGCAAUUUAGUUUAACAAUUGUUAAGUAGUCUGGAUAUAAAUUUAUGUUUCGAGAUUGUUAUAAAUAAAAUUAAAAUUGAAAAUUUCAUCACAAAAAAAUUAUGUAAAUACAAUUUAUUUAUUAUUAUUUACUAAAAAAAAUUUGUAAUUUUGUUAUUUUUGAACAAAGGGCCAAAGGGAAUAUUCUUGUGUGUAAAAGGGCUUUGUUUAAAAAUGCUUAUUUGUAGGGUUGAAUUAAGGUGACAUUGAAAUCAAAAAAAAUUAAUAAAAAUAUGUAUAUUUUUUUCUGUUUAAAUAAUAAAUUUAUUUAGAUUUUUUAUG